AUGUCCACAUCAGCCACACCACCUAAGCUCACUAACGUUGCGAUUAACACAGAACCUGGUAUAGCGAUCUUGAAGUACAACAGACCGAAGUCCGGCAACGCGCUCAAUACACCGACUAUAAAGGAAAUCUUAGCAGGACUACAGUGGGCAGAGUCGAGCUCGGAUGUGAGGGUGGUCAUCACGACUGGUGAGGGAAAGCUCUACACGGCAGGGCUGGAUCUACUCGAUCCUGCCAAUCAAGGACCUGAUAGCACAAUCAGUGAUGAAUUCAUUGAUGUUUUAAGUGAAAUCCACAAGACCUUGAUAAAUUCAAACAAGCUACUCAUAUCAGCUGUCAAUGGACCAGCACCAGGCUGGGGCACUUCAUCCCUGGCUCUAACCGAUCUAGUCUACAGCACACCAGACGCAUUCUUCUUCACACCAUUCGUACAAUGGGGUCUCUGCGCCGAGGCUUGCUCCUCACAUACCUUCAAGACUAUCCUCGGUCGCCAAAAAGCAUCUGCGCUAAUCCUGGCCGGCCAACGCAUGACAGCACAAGAACUUGAAUCAGCAGGCCUAAUUACCAAGAUUCUACCGAAAGAGAAUUUUCUCGAGGAAGUACUCAAAGUUGCGAGGGACGCUGUGAAACUUCCAGCUGAGAGUCUUAGAGUCAACAAGGAACUGAUUAUGCGAGGGACGAGAGAGGAGUUAUUGCGAGUCAAUGAUGUGGAGUUGGAGAUGUUGCGAAAGCAGUGUCGUGGUAAAGAGUCCAAGGAAGCGAUUGCUAGUUUUGCUGAGAGUCAGGCAAGGAAGAAGAAGGAGAAAGAGAAAGCGAAGCUGUGA